UUCAAAAUAUCAGGAGCGUUUACAGUUUUUUUUUUUUUUGCACUCUUGUGAAGAUUUCAGUCCAUUUGCUACAUCACAGCUUCAACAGUUUGUUUGGUACAAAUCGAUCAUUUCCUACCAGGAAUUGGCUUGCUAGAGGUUGUAGCAGACUCCAUAUAUUGUUACAAGACAAGCGUUACUUCAGUGGCCAGACUAAGUCCAGCCAUUCUGUAGACGGUGAUCAUUCCUACUCCUAUGGCCCUUAUGGUAAUUACUACAAUGGAUAUAGUUCAGUUUAUGAAAAAUAUGACAUGCAAUAUAGCUUCCAACCACCCUUGUUAAGAUCACCUACCAGGCAGGAAAGCGGAAAAUAUCAACAACCAGUCUCUCACUUUAAUAGCCCUGUCAACAGUGGCUUUUCCAAUUACUACUAUGAUAGUUAUCCACAAGAAUACUAUAAUGGAGAUGUAUAUUACAGUACCUUCCAGACUAGGCCAGCAUCUAGCUAUAAGACCCUAUCUGAAAAAGAUGGACAGCUGGAAAAUGCUAAAGGAGAUGGGUUAGCUAGUAAAGAGAGAGACUCUAUUGAGAAUCCUAACAAAAACACUUGUGCUGAAGAAAGUGUUUUCAACAAUGAUUUUCCCUUUCUCCAUGAAAGAGAUGAUAUUUAUGAUCCAAGUGGUUACAUGACUUCAAACGGCAAUAGUGUUUGGGAUGAUUCUGUUCUGGCCAAAUCAGAAAGUCUUUUUACAAGAAAUGACAUAGAUUACCAAACCUAUUCAAUGGAUCAAGAAAGCGACUCUCCUCAUCCUGUUGAUGAUAUUUACAAGUAUUUCCCUCCAGCUGAGGAUAUUCAUCAACUGUGCAAUAGUCAAGAAAAUGAAUUGACUUGGCAGUUCGACAAUGAUUAUCCAUCCCACAAUUCUGACAAUACUCCUGGUCAGGGUAGAGUAGUAAAAUCACAAGGAAAUGGGGUAAGUUUCUUACCAAGUUUUAUUUUCAUAAAACUGGAAGAAUAUUCAGCAAUCAAAUUAAUAAAGCUUUUCGCUGUUUUUAAUAAUUCACUAAUUCAUUACCAUAACAAGCUACCAAAUAAUUCUAAAACACUGAGCUGAUCAGAGAGAACCUAUAGUUCUAUUUUCAGUUUUUUUCUACAAAGGACCAUCAUCUUCAU